UUCUUCAGUUCCUGCUCGUGUUGAUGGCUUCCCUCUUCCCCUGUCCCACUCUCUCUUCUCAUUCUCCCUCAUGUAAAAUUGACUUCGUGUUUUCUCCGUUACCAGAAGCACGGACUUCAUAUCCUAAAUUCAAUGGGAGCAGUUCUUUGGCCGGUCAGAAUUUCGGCACCUGCAGAUUCUCUGCUUUUAGAAAUAGUAAUUCUCCGAGCUUUGUUCCAAUGGCUUCGGCCAACAGAGAGCCCAUGGUUCCCCCUUACCGCGUUUUGAUAACUGGCUCAAGCAAAGGAAUAGGCUAUGCAUUGGCAAAAGAGUUUCUAGGAGCUGGUGACUAUGUCAUAAUUUGCUCAAGAUCAAAUGAAAGGGUAGAAUCCGCUGUCCAGAGCUUGAGAGAAGAAUAUGGGAAGCAGUAUGUGUGGGGCACGAAAUGUGAUGUGAGGGAGGCAGAGGAUGUGAAGAAUUUAGUUGCAUUUGCCCAAGAAAAACUGAAAUACAUUGAUAUAUGGAUUAAUAAUGCAGGGUCAAAUGCAUAUAGCUACAAGCCUCUUGCGGAGGCAUCUGAUGAAGAUCUUAUUGAGGUAGUUGCAACAAAUACACUUGGUUUGAUGAUAUGUUGUCGAGAGGCAAUAAAGAUGAUGGCGAACCAGCCGGGAGGAGGUCAUAUUUUCAAUAUUGAUGGGGCAGGUUCAGAUGGAAGACCAACUCCCAGGUUUGCCGCAUAUGGAGCUACAAAGCGGAGUGUGGUGCAUUUAACAAAAUCGUUACAGGCAGAAUUACAGAUGCAGGAUGUAAAAAAUGUUGUGGUGCAUAAUCUUUCGCCAGGGAUGGUCACCACUGAUCUUCUCAUGUCUGGUGCUACAACUAAGCAGGCCAAGUUUUUCAUUAAUAUAUUGGCUGAACCAGCUGAAGUGGUUGCAGAAUUCCUGGUUCCAAACAUUAGAUCUACCAUUGGCAAUGGAUCAAUGAAGCCAACGUACAUUAAAUUCCUCACUGGGGUUAAAGCGUAUUCUCAGAUAUUUUCACGACUUGCAUUUGGGGCAAGAAGGAACCGAUACUUCCCUGAAGAUUGAUUAGCACAUAAGCAGGUUUCAUGUUCAAUAAUUUGUAUUUAGUUCUCCAUUCAAUAAAACUUUGGUUUCUAUUUUCUCUCUUUUCGGCUGGAUGUAAAAUUUACGAAUUUGUGGAAGAGAUGGAUGAUAGAGUUACAAACCCCACUCUUUCCUAUUUGUGUGAAAGCUGCAUGGUCUUGUGAUUUACGUA